AUGGCGGCCAGCAGCUGCUGCACUCCAUCAGCACCUACACCAACAGCAGCAGCAGCACAUACAGCCUUCACAGCAGCAGCAGGAACAGCAGCAGCAGCAGCAACAGCAGUAGCAGCAACAGCAGCAACUCUAGCAGCAACAGCAGCAGCACAAACGGCCUUCGCAGCAGCUGCAGGGGCAGCAGCAUCAGCAACAAACGCGCAAGCAGCAGCAGCAACAGCACCAGCAAGAACAGCAGAAGCAGCAGCAGCAGCAAAACCAUCACCAACAGCAGCAGCAGCAACAGCAUCAGCAACGGCAGCAUCAGCACCAGCAUCAGCAGCAUCAUCAGCAGCAACAGCAACAGCAGCAAUAGCAGCAACAACAGCAGCACCAGCACAACCACCAUCAUCAGCAGCAACAGCACCAUCAUCAUUAUCACCAGCAGCAGCAGCAGCAGCAUCCGCAUCGCCAGCAGCAGCAGCAGCAGCAGCAGCAGCAGCUGCAGCAGCAGCAGCAGCAUCAGCAUCACCAGCAGCAGCAGCAGCAGCACAACCUCUCCCUGCAGCAGCAGCAGCAGCAGCAGCAGCAGCAGUGGCAAGAGCAGCAGCAGCAGCAGCGGCAACAGCAGCAGCAGCAGGAAUAGCAGCAGUAGGAAUAGCAGCAGCAGCAGCAGCAGCAGUAGAAAGAAUGAUGCAGUGA